AUGGCUACAGAUAAAAGAAGUAACCCUAUCCCUUUUCAAAGGCUGUCUACACCUAGGGACACCACCCAAAAAUGCUUCCGAUUAGCUACCAUCGUAAUCAUCCCUAAACCCAACAAGUCAGAUUAUACCAACCCAAGAUCAUACCGACCAAUUGCCUUGCUCUCGGUCCUAGGCAAAGGCCUCGAAAGACUCAUUGCGAAGAAGGUAUCAUGGCUUGCUCUAAACUACCAAGUCCUAGCGAACCAGCAGCUCGGAGCUCUACCCUUGCGAUCCUCAGUGGACCUCACCACUUGCGUUACACAUGACAUUGAGACAUCCUUAAAACAAGGGUUAAAGACCACCCUGCUCACAAUGGAUGUAAAAGGUGCUUUUGACGCAGUGCUACCAGGAAGACUAGUGAAUCGCCUUCGGGAACAAGGAUGGCCAAACAACCUGGUUAGAUAG